CUGUUGCAGGAGACAAUAAAGGGAUGAGGCUUGGAAGUAUAAAUGGUUUGCGGUUCAAGCAGCUUAAGCUUGUCAUUCUUGCAUUUUUCAUGUUGUUCCUUCUUUGGAAAUGGGAUAAAGGCACAUUCUAUGAUUUUGGAAUCCACCAGCCAGACCUUUUGACUCAUCCAGGUCAUCUUAAGCACAUAAACAUUUUCUCUUAAAUUUCUUUGUACCACAUCUAUAUCUGCUCUACUGGUGCAUCCUUACCACCACUAUCCAUGAUAGGCUCUGUUGAUAUGGCAGAUGAAAAUGAAGUGCCACCUGCUGAGAAGAAAGAAUGUAACUACAGAAAUGGAAAGUGGGUUUCUGACAAUCGUAGACCUCUAUACUCGGGGUUUGGCUGUAAACAAUGGCUUUCAGAGAGCUGGUCCUGCAGAUUAACCCAGCGCAUAGAUUUUGAAUAUGAAAAUUUUAGAUGGCAGCCAGAAGCCUGUGAGAUGCCAGAGUUUGAGGCCUCUAAGUUCUUGAGGAGGUAUGUGACCACUGCCAGUCCAAGAUGAAUUUGGAUAUG